AUGUUUAUGGCUUCUAUCAAAGCUAAAAUGAUACUCUAUCUAGCUCUAAAUCUUUUUACCUUUACCAAAGCAAAUUAUUAUUAUUGGGAGUAGGGCUCAGAUUGGAAUGGCCAAUGCGUAAAUGGAACAUUGUAGAGCCCUAUCGACAUUCCUGAAGCACUCUUUUGGAAUCCCCUUGCCAAAGUCACAAGUGAGGAACUACAUGGAAUGGAUAUUGAGAGUAAGAUUGUGUGGACUAGGAGACUAGAUUUCUUCGCUAGCUAUGCCAACUUCGAAAAUAAAACAAUAUCCUCAGAUGACCAAAACAGCAUCAAAGUUGAUUUUGACAAAGGGUCUCUUGUGUUCAUGGACGAGACCGCAGCUCUAAGAAUUUUCUAAUUAAAGCAAUUCCAUUUCCACGCGCCAUCUGAGCACACAUUUAAUAACAGAACAAAGCACUAUGACUUAGAACUACACUUAGUACAUCAAAGAUGGGAUGAAGACUACUAGAACGAAUUAGCUGUUUUGGGAGUCUUUUUUGACAUGAAGGCUGGUGGCAAUGAGACAAAUCCAUUCAUUGAGUCAAUGAAUGUUAAAAAUAUGGUCAAUGAUAAGGGAGAGACUCAAUUCGUUGAUUUGACUGCUCUUGUAGACAAUCUUAAUAAGACCAAAGGACUCUUUCACUAUAAUGGUUCUUUGACUACACCUCCCUGCACAUAGUCUGUGCACUGGAUAGUAGUAGAUGACCCUCAACCUAUCACUUAUGAAUAACUCGCUCUUUUCAAGAAAAAUUGGCAAUACAAUACCACAUUUGCUGGAGGAUUGGGUAAUAAUAGAGAUGUCUAGCCAGUUAAUCAGAGAAUUAUUUACAAAAGAUGGUGGACUCAAGCAUAUAAUAUUGUUUUACUUGGCACUUCAUCUAUUGCUAUUGCUUUGACUCUAUCCAUGUUUUGA